AUGUCCAACGCCGAACCCCACCUUGUAGUUUGCGGCCAAGUUUCUGCAAUCACGGACGAGUGCGUCACUGUGCAACAGCACGGGGACGAACAACAAGCAAUGAAGAUUGACUAUUCGCACUUGGUGUAUGCAUUAGGGAAUCAUUUACCGGACCCAUUGCGGCACGACGGCUAUUCCAAGUUAAAGGGCAUGGAAUGGAUGAAACGCUGCAGUGAACGAAUCGAGAAGAGUGAGAACAUUGUGGUGAUCGGUGGCGGCGCGCUGGGCGUGCAGUUUGCUACUGACAUUGCCACACGAUUUGCACACAAGCGUGUGACACUAGUCCAUUCGCGCAAACAGCUCAUGCCCCGCUUUGACCAACGAGUCCAUGAUAUGGCGUAUGAGCGUAUAAAAAAGCUUGGCAUUAAUGUCGUUCUCGGCCAUCGUGUUGCUUCUGUACAACAAAGCCACAGGGACGAAGCGCCGACAACACAGGCGGAAAACAAGGAAGAUGUGCGAUAUUUGGUCCGCACAAACCAAGGCUUGGAGCUGGAUUGUGAUCUGCUUCUGUUAUGCACAGGAACACGUCCAAACUCCGCGCUUAUGGCUAACUUUUCUCCAAGCAGUGUGGACCCCCAGACACGACAGAUUCAAGUAUUGCAGACCUUGCAAGUAAUGCGCAGCGUUGGACAUGGAGAGCCAAAUCAUUUUGCCAACAUAUUUGCCAUUGGUGACGUAGCCGAAACGGCUGCAUUGCAUGCAGGCUACCAAGCGUAUUACAUGGGAGAAGUCGCUGCAGAGAACAUUCUCCGGCAAAUUAUUGGAGUAAGGUCCACUGCAGAGCCUGAUUCCAAGGUCAAAGAAGGAGAAACGAUUCCGAUGCAGGACUUUGCACCGCUCUCGCCCAUGCUGAAGCUGACUGUUGGCGGUGGCGAAGUAAUCAAGCAGGAUGCACCAGUAGCAGAUCCUACUCACCCCGAUAAAAUGGUGCGACCUAUUAUUUUCACGGUGCCAGACACCGAGUCAAUGGACGUAGAAUCAGUCUGGGUGUCGCUUGCGCGCGCAGACCCAUCCAAUAUGCAUGCUUGA